UGAGGGUUUUUCUAUUUGGCAGGUGUUGUUUCACAGAGUGAGCACAAUAAUGUUUUGCUUAAUGCCUUUUUUUUCUUUAUAUAAACCUGUAAACAUGUAACACUACGACACAAUGACAACUGAAACUUCGUUCUACGGUGAUAUGUCCGAGCUGAGGAUUGUGUUGUUGGGAUAUAGAAAUGCUGGGAAGCGGUCAUCGGGAAACACAAUCCUGGGUGAACAAGUGUUUCACACUGAGAGGACCGCUCAGUGUGUGCAGGGACAUGGAGAAGUAGCAGGGAGGCCAGUCACUGUGGUUAGUGCCCCAAGCUGGGUCAGGGAAAAACCUGUAGAGGAGAGCACUGAGCUAUUUAAACAAGAGCUUAUGCUCAGUGUGUGUCUAUGUCCUCCAGGACCUCAUGCUCUACUUCUCAUCAUACCAACAGCGGUUUCUUUCACAGAGAAGCAUAGAAGUGUAUUAGAAGGAUAUUUAGAGCUCAUCAGUGAAAACAUCUGGAGCCACGUAAUAGUUCUGUUCACUGCUGGGGACUGGCUGGGAGAUAAAACCAUAGAGCAGCACAUUGAGUAUGAAGGAGAGGCUCUCCAGUGGCUGAUUGAGAAAUGUGGUGACAGGUAUCAUGUGUUCAACAAUGCAAAUAGACGUGAUAAAGAUCAGGUUGUAGAGCUACUGGAGAAGAUCGAGGAGAUGGUGGCAGAAAACAGGAAGCUUUAUUUUAAAAUAAGUAGAAAAAUUCAACAAGUGCUGGAAAAGAAGAAGAAAGCUGAGAAGAGAGCAUUUCAAAGGAUGGUGGUGAUGCAGAAACAGAGAGAAGACAUCAGGUCACAGAUGGGUCAGACCAGUAGAUACUCGGAGCUGAGGGUAGUGAUGUUGGGAUACACAGCUUCUGGAAAAAGUUCAACAGGAAACAUCAUCCUUGGGAAAGAAGUAUUUGAGUUAAAGAGAAACGCUCAGUGUGUGAAGGGACAGGAGAAAGUAGCAGGGAGGAAGGUCACUGUGGUUGAAGCUCCAGGAUGGCACAAGCAUACGCAUGUAGAAGAGAGCCCUGCUCUACUUAAACAGGAGAUUGUGCUCAGUGUGUCUCAGUGUCCUCCAGGUCCCCAUGCUGUACUGCUGAUAAUACGUGUGGACAGCCCGUUUAAAGAAAAUGAUAAAAAAGUAAUAAAGGGGUAUGUGGAGCUUCUCAGUGACAGAGUCUGGAAUAACACUAUUGUGCUAUUCACCUGUGGAAAUUUUCUCGGAGAUGCAAAAAUAGAGCAGCAUAUUGAGUGUGAAGGGGAGGCCCUCCAGUGGCUAGUUGAGAAAUGCGGGAACAGGUGUCAUGUUCUGAGCAGUAGGAACAGGGAUAAUAACACUGAGGUUAGAGACUUACUGGAGAAGAUAGAGGAGCUGGUAGAAGUAAACGGUGGCAGCCAUUUUGAAAUAGACAGUAAGAUUUUACAGGAGGUGGAAGAGAGGAGGAGAGUGGAAGACGAGAGCGCAAAAGAGAGAAAGAAGAAAGUGCAAAAACACAGAGAGGACAUCAGAUCACAAAUGGUGGACACAUAUCAUCACUCAGAACUAAGGAUUUUGCUAAUGGGUUUUCAAGGCUCUGGGAAGAGUACAGUAGGAAAUGCGAUCUUGGGCAGUAAAGAGUUUGAGCUGAACAAAGCUGCUCAAAAUGCAAAGAGAGAGGGAACAAUUUCUGGAAAGCAGAUCACUGUCGUUGAGGCUUCAGACUGGCGAUGCGUCAAUGUAGAAGACAGUGCAAAGUUAUACCAAAUGGACAUAAUGCAAAGUGUGUACCAGUGUGUUCCAGGACCCCAUGCUUUGCUCCUGAUCAUACGUGUGGACUCUAACUAUGAUGAAUUGCAUAGAAAAGCAGUGGCUGAACACUUGAACCUUCUUGGUAAAGGCAUCUGGAGUCACACUAUGGUGGUGUUCAACUUUGCACACUGGCUAGGGAACAUCACCAUAGAGCAGUACAUUGAGAGUGAAGGGAAGGCCCUUGACUGGCUAGUUGAGAAAUGUGAGAACAGAUAUCAUCUAUACAACAGCACGGAAGGUUCUGAGCCCACAGAGCUGCUAGAGAAGAUAGAAGAGAUGGUGGCCAGGAACGGUGGUGCUCAUUUCGAAAUAGAUGGAAAAAUCUUACAGGAAGUGGAAGAAAGGAGUAAGCUCGAGGAAAGGGCCAGAGCACGGCAGAUGAAGGUGCAGAAACGGAGGGAGGUAACCAAAGAGAACAUGGGAUUGGGAAGGCGUUCGCCAGGAGACACAAGGCCUCAGAUAGAGAGAGGAGCAUCACCAACACCUAGCAAUAUGUCCAUGAGAAGCAACAAUUCUUUGGAGCUCCCACUAUACUUCAGUGGGGAAAUCCUUCCGGAUCAUCAAAGGUUGUUGCUGGAAAAAAGACCUACACCAUUCUACAGUUACCAGUCAAUGAAGAGUGGGCAGACAGUGGCUCCCUCUAGUGGGACACUUUACACCGAACACCAUGGUAACCUGGCCAGUCUGACACGUCACCCCAGAUGUUCAGUGUGUAGAGAUAUACUGAGAAACCCAGUGUACUUGCCUUGUGGACACUUGUCCUGCAGUGCAUGCUCCAUGCAUACGUGCAUACAAUGCCAUGAAGUACCCAGAACACAAGAUCCAUUUAACCAAAAUGCUUCGGUUGCAUCAUUGGCUAUGAAUGUCCAGCAGGCUCUGUCAACUUCUUCUGGUUCUCUUACUCCAUCAAACGACACUAGAGCUGGAGAUGUUGUCUGUGAUUUCUGCUCUGGGAUACAGAUGAAAGCAGUGAAGUCAUGUCUGACCUGCACUGCGUAUUACUGUGAAACUCACGUGAGGCAGCACUACACAGUACCAGCCCUGCAGAGACACAAGCUGGUGGAGGUGAAUGUAGACGUGGAGUUUCCAACUUCAUCACAGGGCUCUGGAGGUCUUUUCUAAGACUGACCAGACUUAUACUUGCACACUGCGUGCACUGUUGGAACAUAAUGAUCAUGAGAGUGACUUUAAAUAGAGUUAUUUUCCAAAACAGCUUGAUUCUGAUUUGGUAUAAUGGUGUACAGUAUAAACAAAUUGGAACUUGGUUUAAUUUAAUAACAUAAAUCAUACAAGGACAGAAUUAUCAAAAAGGUUGCAUUCUUUUGUGACUUCUCCUAUGUGUCUAGUGUCUGAGUGACCCACUGAAUUCACAUACACAGGAAGGAUGAUGGGACUUUAUUGUCUAUUCUGCAAAGAAUUUGUUUAAGCUAGCCCACAGCAUGAAUAUCCCGCUCUGCUGCUGCUCAGUUAGAUUAUUUACAAUAUUAUUGCAUUAUUAACAAUAUGUAAAAUAAAUGUUAAAAUACA